UUUUUCCCCUUUUGUUCCCCUUUCCUGAAGCCCUGUUGGUCAGGGUCACAGGUACUAUUCUUCUGUAGUAAUGCUGUGCUCCGUGUGCAAUCACAUUUCACAGCCUUCUUCCCAAGACAAAUUAGUGUGUACCUUAACGUCUAGGGGCUGCUUUGAGUUGAAAAGGCAAAUUGAUGGAGGGAGGAUCCUUGUUUUUCUUUCUUUCUUCCUUUGUAUUGAAAAAUGUGUAAGCACCCAGAAACGUAGGAAACGGUAAAAUGAGCAUCUAUCUAUAGCCAUGCACGUCCUUGAUGUAAGAAAAGUUAACCUUUGGCCAUAUUCGCUUUGUUAGUUUUUGCUGAAAAAUUGUAAAGUGAAUUAACUAUCCUGUCAAUGUUAAAUGCUUCCCUGUGCAUGUCUUUAUAAAAACUAGUAUUUUCCAAUAUAAUUCCACUUAACAGUUCAGCAUAACGGCAAUGUUCUUUAAUAUUUAUAAUUGCCAGUACACAUCCAAAUUUCCCAAAUUGUUUCCAACGUGUUUGGCAGCUGUUUUUCCAUUCGGGAUUUGAUGGAGGACCACGCACUGUAUUUGCCAGCAAAGUUCAAACUUCACCGAUAACCUCUAGGGUCUCUGGCUGAACCUGGGCAGGCGAGGCUGUCAGGGACAUCUUCCAGUCAUCCAAUAGAGAAAACGCUGCAAAAGCUUCGGAGCAGAGGCAGAAAAGCCCAGACAGCAGGAAGCACAGCCAGAAACAGUGCCAGAAUGAGCCGGAUCUGGUGAUGUCACUAUCUCCGGAAACUACAAGAGUCUGUGACAGUGGAAUGCCUGAACCUGCUUUGAGAAGACCAAGGGGAGACAGGAGGCCACUUCAAUGGAGAGCUUGUGGGGAGGUCUAUGGGUAAGAGCAAAUGAAGUCUCUCUCUCUUUGUGCUGUGCCUGGAGUUGGGAGAGGAGCAAUACAAGCACCCCUGUGGCCACUGGGACAGCACUGGGUCAGACCUGAAGCCGGCACAGCACUGUGGCUGCCCAAGACCCCCACUGUAACAACAACCCAGCUGCCACCUGUUUCACUCAAGGCCCCAGGGCUCUCCAAUUAGCAGGUAGUGAAGCCAGCCAGGCUUCUGUCCUUCCCUUCAGUGCAGUACGCUCCCCUGGUCCCUAGAUGCGUUCAAAGGUGCUGUCUGGAAGCCAGGGCUGGAGUCAUAAACCUUAGAAAUCUACCUGGUGUUCUGUUCUACCCUGGCUGAGCUAGCACUGAAUCCACCCAGCAAAUCACUUCCCACUCUCCCCUCUCCUUUCCCCAGGCAGGGUAGUCUUUUCCCACCUACAACGUCAUCACAGUCCCGUGUGGAUUACCGCCAGCUCACCACUGAUGUUCACUUAAUGCCUGAGGGCUCUCAGUCAGCUUGUGGCGAAUACUGCCUGGCCUGGAACCCACUCUUCACGACAGUGGGCUCCCCUCUGGCCCAGGCUAAGUCUAGAGAUGCCAUCUAAGAGCCAAGGCCUGAAUCAGGGACUCCAACAGCCCACGGGGUGCUCUUCUCCACUGUAGCUGAGCUGGUGUCUAAGCUCCAGAAAAAUCCUCUUUCCUCUGCCUUUGGCUUUUCUCAAGCAGGGGAAUCUCUCCUCAUAGCCACCACAGCUGGGAAUGUGCCGGUGACACCUGAUGCCAGCACGUCUGAGUCUCACUUGAGGCCCAUGGCAUGUACCACCCGAUUCCCUCUGCUGAUUAUUCAAGGCCCAAAGGCUCUUUAGUCAGAUAGUGACGAAUCCUGCCAUUACUGAGUCCUUCCCUUCAAGGCAGCAGGUUCCUUUCUGGCCCAGAGUUUGUCUAGAGAUGUUAUCCCAAAGCUGGGACCUGAAAUGGGGAUCUCAUGACUCUGACCAGUGCCCGCUCCUACUGUGAGCUAGUAUCCAAGAUGUAAGACAAAGUCCUUUUUCCUCCUUCCUCUCCUCAAGCAGAAGGAGGAGGUCGCUGUCAGAGCUGCGAGCUGCACUGUCUAGGAUUGGAGAGGGGGUGGGCAAGCACUCCAUAGCCGCCCCAGCUGCUGUCUCUCUAGGUCACAUGCCCCCAAAUACACUGGCUCCAAGCGCAGCACAGCACUAGGACUUGCCUAAGAGUUGCAGUCCUUGUGGCCUAGACAGCCUUUCAGGUUUAUUAAGGACCAAGAGUACUUUAUCCUGCAGUAGCCAGGCUUUCCACAACUUUAUCAGCUUUAUCAAGUUCCAACCACUGGGAUUAAACAAUUCCCUUCUGGCUAGCACUAGUCUAAAUAUUUCCUCUGUGGGUGAGCACUGGAUGAGUGCAGCCUUGCUUUGCUUUCUGCUACAACAAGGCAGCACUGCGUUCAGGGCAAAGUCCCACAGCUGCUGUCCUCUCCCUCCACCAAGCAUGCGACUCUCUCCUCGCCACAGGUCCUCUGCCGAGGCUAUUCCUGUGACGAGCACAACUGGCAGAGAUGUCUACUCAGCCAUCAGGCUCCACUUCUGUGGCUGCAUACAUUCUCAACGACAGUUUUACCUACAGGCAAAUGUACAACAAACAAACAAACAAAACCUCGUGCCACUGCCUGUCAUGGUCUUGAUCUUCAUACGAGAUGUUCCUUCAUAUUUUCCUAAGCGGCACCCACAAAGCCAUUCUCACUGUCCAGUGGGCACUCUGAGAGCCUUUGCUAAAAAUGCCUCCCUGGCUCACCCUGCCUGCCCGCUCCAAGGCCCUUCCCUUUACAGCAGUCAUGAGGCCAGACUGGAAGAAAGACCCCAUGAAGCUCACGCUUCUGUGUCCAGUUGGUGAUAUCUGUGAGCAACCCCAUGACUCAGCAAGAUUUCCUGCACUCUCACAGGUAACUCAAGGACCCCAAAGGGCUGUUGUGGUCGUAUGAGUGCCCUAGGAAGCUCUUGAGUGAGGUGAGCAUUGGGUGACGUCCAGCAAUGCAAUAUUUCUCAGACUGCCUGUGGAGAGCUUCUAACUCAUCAGCCUGAUCUCUAAACACAGGCAACACUCCUGGGGGAGAGGACAGGGGCACAGGGAUCUGUGGCUAUUCUGUAUGUCAAGGUUUCUAUAAAGCAGAUCUCCAGAUAAAGGCAGGGGGAACACCGGCAAGAGCAAAUACACAAUGUAUGACUCGGUGAAGCUGUACAUUUUUCAUAGUCUGGAGGCCCUAGACCUGUCAGCGGCCAAUUAUUUCAAAGGCCAGACAUGUGCUCCUUAAAGAGAGACCGGAACUUGCAGAUAGCCCCUAGAAAGCCAUAAAGAUAUUUACAGUACUAUUCUGGUAGUAUACUUGGAAGAUAAUUGCCAAAAAUCACCAGAAAAAUACUUUUCAAUUUAUGAGCAGAUUAUUAUAAGAGCAAUUUACCAAGACCUACCAAUGAAUGAUGAAAAAUAUGAACUGUUAUUCUAAAGCUGAUAGAAAGAUGUGGUUUUUAUGUCCAUUUCCAUCAUCUGUACAACGUAACCUUUAAAACUAUUUCUUAAAGUGUUAAGUUUAGGGGAGCAAAAGAAGUAUUGAAAAAUGAUCAGAAAGUUCACAGAAACCUUACAAACUCACGUGUCAUCAGAUGAAAUGUUCUCAGAGAGCCUGCGGUUUUUCUCACUCCCAGCAACCUCCUGGUCAUCGCUCCACAGCAAGAGAAAUGGCUGACGAGACGAUCCUCUUCCAGUUGGCUGGACAAAUGUCGGUAUCAGCAUAACUUACAAAUCUUUCUAUGUAAAUCUGCAAAAUAGAGCACUGGCCUUUGAUUCAGCUUAGUUUGAGUGCUGUAGUAAGAACUCUUAGGAAUGACAAGUUUCUUCUGGUUUUGACCAGAAAGUACCUGCCUUUUAUUCUUCUGUUCUCCAGAGACUUUGCUUGAUCAGGCAGAGCAAGAAGCCGAAUCACAAUCAUAGGUCAGAUACUUCUGCUACCUACUCUGCCCAUAGAAAUGUACAGGCCAAUUUUGGUCACAAGAAUGACGGUACGUCUCAGCCAAGGGCGUCAUGAAAAGAGGCAGUGUUGUCACCCUCACACUCAUAAAGGGCAGCACACACACGGGCCCAGUGUGGACUAAAGUCAUUCAGUAAAUCCUCAAAUACCUACCACAUGUAAUGUCUCAACCUAGCGGGUAGGCAGAUGGGAACUUUACAAGUACGUCAAGCUUGAAUAUGUUCAACCCAUGUGAUAGUGAGCAAAUGUUGAUCUUUUCACAAAAACACCCUUCUAUAUAGAGCACGAACUUAAACUGCUGGUCAAGAGAGCCUCCCAGUGGCUGCCGUGCAGAGCAGCACGGCAGGCGCAGGUCUCUGGGAUUGUAAAACAUUCCCCAAAUUCAGUUGCUGGCUUGAUAAGGAACACACGUAUAUAAAGAAUGGUCCUUCUCACAGCCCCUAUUUUUCACAUCUUCGUGAUCACAUCAUAAACAUUGCUCUGUCUUACAUCAUCUGCAACUUACACAAUUCUGUUGGUUUUAAGGUGGAAACAGCUGCCAGUGUCUGUGUCCCUGGGAUUCCUCUAAACCUGCCAAGCAGUUUGUGAGACAGUCUCAUGAAUCACUUUACAUCUAUCAAACAUCUACCCUACAAAGAACUGGGCAAAGUGGACGGCUGAGUAAAGAUUAAAGAGAGCCUGAGAGGAGACUCUUCAUAAAAACUCCACCCCGCCAGUUCUGAAUCGCCGAAACGUGAGGAGUCAUGGCGAAAGCGGACGCAAGAGCUUAUGGGAAAUGUAGUCCUGAACGAGUCUGGUUCGCCGCGCAGCACUCUGGGAUGGGGCUACUGGGCUCCUUCUGCGCCUGUGCAGCCGAAGCCCGGCCGCCUCAUUUGAGUUCUCGGGACUCCCGGGAAGCGGUUUGGGAAGCUCUGCGGUCGGCUCGCAAAGUAGAGGGGGCGCAGCUGGGGCGGGAGGGCCGCGUUUGUGCCCGGGAGUGGGAGAGGAAGCGGGAAGUUCGUGGGAUCCGCGCCCCCAGUGUCAGUGGAUGCGACCGGGCGGGCCCUCGGCCUUCCCGGCCGGUGGAGAGGGACCCCGGCCACUGGCUCCCGGGGCGGCUGGGGCUGAGCGCGGGUCGGGAGCAGGUGCCGGGUGCGGGCCGCGGUGUGCGGGACAGGAGCCUGGCGCGAGCGGCGGCGGGAGGGGAAAGCGCAUUUGUAACGCAGGCGACAACGUGCCCGAAAUCUCCGGACGGUGCGUCUGCAUCGAGACCCCGAGCUCUGGAGCUGGAAAAACCCGGAUGCCAUACUGCUGUUAACACGUAUGUGACACUGGAGUAUCCCAGAAUGAUCAUACAUGAAGGGUUUUCUGUGGUUAUCUACUUCUGAUUCUUUUGAAAGCUUUAAAGACAUUGGGCAUGAAAGGUUCAGUGAGUUUCCAGGGACCCCUCGUUUGUGGCAGGGCCAGGAGGAAAACAGUUCCGUUCAUUCUUUCACAGCUGAGGCUUCACAGUUCUCUACACUCUCCCAAGAGCCACAGAAAAUGAACACAUUUCAGGCAUCAGUGUCAUUCAAGGACGUGACUGUGGAAUUUACCCAGGAGGAGUGGCAGCACAUGGGCCCUGUUGAGAGGACCCUGUACAGAGAUGUGAUGCUGGAGAACUACAGCCACCUCGUCUCAGUGGGGUACUGCUUUACAAAACCAGAACUGAUCUUCACAUUGGAACAAGGAGAAGAUCCAUGGUUAUUAGAGAAAGAGAGAGGAUUUCUAAGCAGGAACUCCCCAGAAGACUCCCAACCUGAUGAAAUCUCAGAGAAGAGCCCAGAAAAUCAAGGCAAACAUUUCUGGCAAGUUUUAUUCACCAAUAAAUUAUUGACUACAGAGCAAGAAAUUUCAGUAAAACCACAUAAUCGGGACAUAAACAUUUUUCCUGCAAGAAUGAUGCCUUGUAAAUGUGACACUGUGGGGUCUGCUUACCGGGGUCUCAGCCCGACGGCCCCAUACUGUCAGUAUUCAAAAGAAAAGGCGCAUGAGCAUAAUGUAUGUGACAAACGGCUCAUCAGUAUUAAGGAUGGCAGAACUAACACUCAAGAGAAAUCUUUUGCUUAUAGUAAAAGUGUGAAAACCCUCAGUCAUAAGGAGGACGUUAUUCAAUAUCAGACAAUUCAGACUUUGGGGCGAGAUUUUGAAUAUAAUGAAAGUAGAAAAGCUUUUCUUGAAAAGGCUGCCCUUGUUACAUCUGAAAGUACCUACCCAAAAGGAAAAUCUUACAAUUUCAAUAAAUUUGGGGGAAACAAAUACGAUAAAUCAACCUUUAUUAUUCCUCAGAACAUUCAUCCAGAGAAGAGUCACUAUGAAUUUAAUGAUACUGGAAAUUGUUUCUGUAGGAUCACUCACAAAACUCCAACAGGAGGGAAAUCUUUCAGCCAAAAGUCACAUAUUAGAGAAUGUCAUAGAGUUCAUAUAGAGAUGAAACCCUUUGAAUAUGGUAAAAGUUUCAACCAUAAUUCAACCCUCCCAGUGCAUCAGAGAACUCAUGCAACAGAUAAAUACUCUGAUUAUAACCCAUGUACAGAGACGUUCAGCUACCAGUCAACUUUCAGUGUACCUCCGAAAGUUCACAUAAGGGAAAAACCCUGUGAGUAUAAUGAAUGUGGAAAAUCCUGCUCUAUUAAUUCACGCUUGAUUUGGCCUCAGAAAAGUCACACAGGGGAGAAACCCUAUGAAUGUCAUGAAUGCGGGAAAGGCUUCAGUGAGAAGUCACGCCUAAGAAAACAUCAGAGAACUCACACAGGAGAGAAACCAUAUCAAUGUGAUGGAUGUGAGAAAGCUUUCAGUGCAAAGUCAGGCCUAAGAAUACACCAGAGAACCCACACAGGGGAGAAACCAUUCGAAUGUCAUGAAUGUGGGAAAUCUUUUAACUAUAAAUCAAUCCUCAUAGUGCAUCAGAGAACUCACACAGGGGAGAAACCUUUUGAAUGUAAUGAAUGUGGGAAAUCUUUCAGCCAUAUGUCAGGCCUAAGGAAUCAUCGAAGAACUCACACAGGGGAAAGACCAUACAAGUGUGAUGAAUGUGGGAAAGCUUUCAAACUGAAGUCAGGCCUGAGGAAGCAUCAUAGAACACACACAGGGGAGAAGCCCUACAAAUGUAAUCAGUGUGGAAAAGCUUUCGGUCAGAAAUCACAACUCAGAGGACAUCACAGAAUUCACACAGGGGAAAAACCCUAUACAUGUAAUCAUUGUGGGGAAGCUUUCAGUCAGAAAUCAAACCUCAGAGUACAUCACAGAACUCAUACUGGGGAGAAACCCUAUAAAUGUGAGGAGUGUGGAAAAACUUUCAGGCAGAAAUCAAAUCUCAGAGGGCAUCAGAGAACUCACACUGGGGAGAAGCCCUAUGAAUGUAAUGAAUGUGGAAAAGCUUUCAGUGAGAAGUCGGUCCUAAGGAAACAUCAGCGAACUCAUACUGGGGAGAAACCAUAUAAUUGUAAUCAGUGUGGGGAAGCUUUCAGUCAGAAAUCCAAUCUCAGAGUACAUCAGAGAACUCACACAGGGGAGAAACCCUAUAAAUGUGAUAAAUGUGGAAAAACUUUCAGUCAAAAAUCAAGCCUUAGAGAACAUCAGAAAGCCCACCCAGGGGAUUAAACAUAUGCAUAUAAAGAAUAUGAAAAUACUCUGAGCUGGAAAUCAAACCCCACAAUACAUAAAUUAACACACAGGAGAGAACUGUUAACAUAGCACUGGAAUUUCCUCUACAGUUUCAGCCCCCACCCAAUGUCAAAGAAUAGAAGAUGAAUUGUUGAAAUGUAUUUUAUAUGGGCAUUCUUUCAGCCAGAGCACAGUCUUCCAUGGAUAUUACAGAACUCACCCAGCAAAGAAACCCUAUAAAGAUAAUGAAUAUAGAAAAUACUCAUGUGAACUCACUCCUCAGAAAACUCAUGCUGCAGAAGAGCUCUGAGAAAGUAAUAAAAAUGAAAACUUUGUGCCGACAAUCAAAACUCUUUCAUCAUCAAUCACACAAUGACAAAAGCUAGAAUAUAGUAAGUGUGUGAUAAACUUUAAUGAAAAGUCAGUAUGGCAGAAAAUACAUUCAAGAUGGAGACCUCAUAGUAUAUUAAACAAGAAAUGAAGUUAAUGGAUGUGGGAAAUUCUUCUGCCAUGUCAACCCUCAUUUUAACUUACACAGAGGUAAUCCCUAUAUGUCACAUAAUAACUAUUGAAAUGUUCACUAGUAAUCAUUUUCACUUCUCUCUCAUGCCACACCUGACCUAAAUUUCUCAACCGCUCUGUCAUAUAAAUGGGGUCAUAUUGUUACCCUCUAGCUAGUGGAAUAUGGAGGUCAAUGACAGGUCUUAAAUACAUCAGCAAAAUUCUCAAUGUUUUCUUCUAUCCUUCAUUAGAAUGGAAUGGAGGAAAACCUUGGGACUCAGGCUCUGAUGAUAGAAAAUACAAGAUAGUAGGAACCAAGGUCAGAGAAGGACCCUGUGGCAUGGAGUUUUCUCCUCCAUGUACACAGUUGGAUUUUUUGCAGUGAGGAAAUAAAUGUGUUCUCUGCUGAACUUCUAAAGGUUUGGGUAUACUUGAUACUGACAGAAACUCAACAACCCUCAUCUAAUAAAACUCACGAGUAUGAUUUUUCAGGACAUCUGAAAUCAGUGUAUGUCAGAAAAGUCACAUAUGACAAACCUCAGACAGCAUCCUGAAUGACCAUGACUUUUAUUCCCAAGUCUUCCUCAUCGGACAGGUAAUAUCAUCAGAAAUCUGACAUUUUAACAAAUGUAGGAAAUUCUUCACACACACAGACAUGCACACACACACACACACCCAGAAUCUCAUUAAAUAUUUGAUAAUUUAAUUUUGAAUGUGUAAAAUUUUCAACAAAUUAUCAUAUUUUAUAUCAGAGCUUGUUACAAGGGGAAAAUCUAUCAAUUUAAGAAAGGUAAGUAAUAGCCUUUAUCUAGAUAUUGCUAUAUCAGAACUGUUGUUUCAUAUAGAAUAUCAAAACUUUUAAUGAAAUGUAACAUUGAUUAAUAGACAUUCAGUAUAAUAAAAAGCUUAAAAAGAACAAGAAAUAAAUUGCAUAAACUGAAAAACAGUGUUGCAAAUAUGUGAGUGUUUUGUGAGUUAUUGAUUGUUUAUGUAUGUAUAUGUGCAUGGUACUUACCAGGUAUUUGUUUUAUAUGUUUCUUAGACCUCAACAUUACUAUAAGAGAAUUGUGUUCCCCUUGCUUUAUAACUACUUUGACAUCAGCUACAAUUUGCCACAUGAAUAUUAAUAACAAACCUUUUAUGGAAAAUAUCUGAUACCACAUUCCCUUUCUCCUGCUGCCUUCUAACAUGUCUGUCUAGUAAAGGCCAUUGUUACUAAACUGCCUCCUUUCAAAGAAGCCAGUGUCAACCAAUAAAUUUCUCUCUCUUUUCUGUGUGUGUGUCUCACACACAAAUACACAAGCAAAUAUAUAUAUAUAUAUCUUCAACAUCACUGAUUCUUUCCUAGCAGUGUUGAGUACAAUAAUGGACACUUGGAAGGCAAUCUUUAUUUAUGGUACUGUGUUUUUCACUUUUAGCAUUUUAAUUUUGUUAUAGUUUUUAUCUCUCUGCCACAGUUACCUACCUGAUACUUCAUGUUGUCUAGUUUUCCCGCUGGAGUCACUUUCUAUGGCAUUUGGCAUUCUUUCUCUCAGUUAAACAACUGCUUGGAUCUUUGUUUUUCUCUACAACCACCUAGUUUUCCAGAUAGCUUUUUUGCUCUGUGGCCUCAGACAUCUGGUGCAUUGAAGAAAAGUUAAAGCCUUCCCAACUGUUUUCUUGUUUCAUGGAUAGAGAGCAGUGCUCUUGCCUGCUCUCUCUUUCUCUGAGUUGUAACUGAAUGUCAUCAGUUGUUUUUUGACAAAUGUUUCAGGGUAAUUUGAUGGAAAAAUGAUAAUUGCUUUCAAAAAUGAUGCUAAGAUAAUUGUAUUACUCCAUUCUCACGCUAGUAAGAAGAAAACCCCAAGACUGGGUAAUUUGUAAAGGAAAGAGGUUUAAUUGACACACAGUUCUGCAUUGCUGGGGAGGCCUCAGGAAACAUAAGAUCAUGGCAGAAGGCAAAGAAGCAGGCACCUUUUUUACAGGGCAGCAUAGUGAGUGCAGCAGGGCAAAUGCCAGAUGCUAUAAAACCAACAGAUCUCAUGAGAGUCAGUCACUAUCGCAAGAACAGCAUGGGGAACACUGCCCCCCAUGAUCCACUUACCUCCAGCUGGUCCCACCCAUAACGUGUGGGGAUUAUGGGGAUUACAAUUCAAGAUGAGGUUUUGGGUGGAGACACAGGCAAACUGUAUCAAUAAUGAUACUUAUAUAUUGUAAAUGCAACUUGAUCUUUACACCAUAAUUUAAAACUUACUCAAAUCACAGAACCAAACAAAAUCACUAAAAGUACAAAAUUUAUGAUAGAAAACAAAAGAAGCUGACUGGAUAUGGUGGCUCACCUGUGUAAUCCCAGCACUUUGG